AUCAUAUGAUAUAUAACAGAUAGAGACGUGAUGAUAUAUCUAACUUCAUCUACAAGUGACCCCUACCCCCUUUAUCUAUCUGUCAACCCUCCACCGUCCACCGGAACACUCCUCUCUGCCUACUUUCACUUUCUCCUGCUUAAUCCAUUCAAGAAACCUCUGCAAUUCUGUCUUGUGUUUGAAAUGGAAUUAAUAGCCAUCAAGAUUUGUUUGUUGGCAAGUUUGGUGAUAUCUACGGCGAGUGGCGAAUGGGCUGGAUCCAAGUACCAAAUCGAGUGCACAAUGUGCUCCGCCUGUGACAAUCCUUGCACCACCCCUUCCCCACCUCCUCCCUCUCCGCCGCCGCCCUCCACCCUCAACUGCCCUCCACCACCCUCUCCUCCCACCUCAAGCGGCGGCGGCACCAAUUACUACUCCCCACCGCCGCCGCCAACCUCCAACUACCCACCCUACACUCCCCCCAGCGGCGGAGGGGUGGGGUACUACUUCCCCCCACCCUACAAGAACUACCCCUCCGGCCCAACCCCUCCGCCCCCUAACCCAAUCGUCCCCUACUUCCCAUUCUACUUCUACAACCCACCACCUUCUUCUCCAUCCAUCUCCCCCAAAACCUCUGUACCUUACUUCAUCACCCUUCUCCCUUUUUUCUUGUUUUUCUUCUGAAGAAAUUAAUAAAAAUAUGAACAGAAUAAAGCGUCGGAAUCACAGAUCUACAAACUUCCAUUGAUGGGCUUCUUUGAUCUUCAAGAAACUUGAACGAGAAUGUGCGGACUGGGAAACAGAUAGAAGAUGAAGCCUGCCUGAGGAGUAAUAAUCUGUAAAUUCUUGACAAUUAUUUUUCCUUUACAUAUAAAUAUAUUUAUAUAUUUUUGUCUCAUAUUUCCUUGUCAAUUAUUUAGUUGCUUUUACUUUAUAGAAUCUAUGUAACGAUAAGGACAGUAUUUAGUCAAUUUUGCAAAUUUGCCAAUACCUUCUCUUAAA